GCAAAUUCGUUCAGUGAGGUUUCACUGGCUAUAAGUUCCUUUUUCUCAUCCAAAUAGAAAUGUAUUAGAACUAAAUUACUUAUAAUUAAGUAAAACAUUAAUUUCAAAUAUGUCGUCCGAUAAACUCAUAGGACCUGCUUUACCCCCGAUGUUCAGAAAUGAGGAGAGCGAUGGAGACUCUGACGAUGGAGAAUUCGUUGGCCCUGCUUUGCCUCCCGGCUAUAAACGAGGAGGACCUUCCAGCUCAUCGGAUGAGGAGGGGAAGGUGUCGGUCAAAAGAGCAAAAACACACCACACUACCUCAGAAGGGUUGAAGAAAACAAAUUCACAAGAAGAAGAUGAUGGUUUCUUCGGACCAGCACUGCCACCAGGAUUUAAGAAACAACUUAGCUCACCAGAAAGGCCACCAGUGCUGGGACCCGCUUUACCUCCUGGGUUUCGCAGAGCAGCAUAUGAUGAUGAUGAUGAUGAUAAUGGUCAAGAUGGAGAGGAUAUCCAGGGGCCAGCCCUUCCACCAGGCUACAGGGCUGAGUCCUCCAGCAGCGAAGGAGAGGAUGAAGAUGUUAUUGGGCCCAUGCCAUCUAAAGGACCUGUGCAAGACUCUGUGGCACUGGAUUUUGAGCGCAGAGCACAAAGGAUGAAGGACAAGCUGAAAGGAGAUGACGCCCCUGAAGUGCUAGCUAGAGAAUCAUGGAUGACAGAACUCCCUCCUGAACUGCAGCACAUUGGCUUGGGUGCUCGAACCUUCAAGAAGAGAUCAGGUCCAGAGAACAAAGAUCGCUCCAUUUGGACAGAUACACCAGCAGACAGGGAGCGCAAAGCUAGGGAACGCCUUGAACGAAAGGAAAAGGGUCAACCGGAACAGGCUGAAGACGACAAACCAAAACUCUCCAAGAAAGACUUGGACAUGGCUGAAAAAGUUUCUAAAUAUAAUGAGUCUAAACGCGCUGAGUCUCUGAUGAGUAUGCACUCCAAAACAAUGAAGGAAAAAGCAAAAGAGAAGGCUGACAAACCAGUGGAAAGGAGGCCAUUUGACAGGGAUAACGACCUGCAAGUGAAUCGCUUUGAUGAUGCACAGAAGCAGCGCCUGAUUAAGAAAUCUCAGGAACUAAACACACGUUUCUCCCACAGCAAGGAUCGAAUGUUUUUGUGAGAAACUGUUCAUACAUUAACAGCCUGAUGGAACAGGAAACUAAUGUAAUAUCUUCUUGUGGAGGGAAUUAUUAAAAGUUGUUUAUCUUGGUGUCUUUUGAGUCAUAGAAUAUCAGAUGUUAAAUUCAGUUGGGUUAUGCUCUUUCACUUUGACUGAAUUUAUUUCAUGUCUUGGUUAUCAAGUGUGUAGGGAUUAUUCAGUGUUUGAUAAUGUUCAAACAUAUACAAAUUAACAUUACCAUUCACUAUACAUAACAAAGCCACUAUAUGAACCUUUACAGAGGAUAAGUAGUUUUGGAAAAAUAAUAAUUAUGGUAUGUGUGCUUAAAGAAUAUAGAAAUGUGAAUUCUGACUUACUGGCUUUAGUGCUGCAUUAGAUCAUCUCCCUUUAAUGUUACAAUUUUUGAUAAAGAUUUCACAGGCCUGUAAAAUUUAGACUGUUCUUUUUCAUUUAGCCCCAUUAUUUUUUGAAUUUGACUCACAAUGAGUAAUUAAAAUGCUUUUUUGUACAGAUGUCUGCAAAGUGUAUGUUUAUACAGUCUCCACCUCUUUGUCUUACGUAAAUUGUGUGAUAACUUUUACAAUUUCUUUACGUAGAUUAAACCUAUAUAU